UUUUAUUUUGUUACAAAAGGAAAUUAAACAAGAACUAGUUAACUUGGCUAGUAUUUUAUUUCCCAUUUUCCCUCCAAGCGAGUGCGGUUUCAUUUGUGGUGGCGGUGAAGUUCGAAUUGCAGGAAUCACAAUGGAGGAACCCACCUUUGAACUUGAUCUGAUUCGCUCCAUUCUGAAGCGCGUUUGGGAACUGCGGGCCCUUGAGCGUGAAAAUGUUGGACCCAGCGAGGCUUUGGAUUCUGAGGUAGGAGCUGGAACAUCCAAGAAAAAUCGACCAACUUCAGCUAAUGCGAAUGCUUUGAAGCUUACCUGUGAACUUCUCCGAGUUUUUAUCACAGAGGCUGUUCAGCGUGCUGCUGAGGUUGCAGAGGCUGAGGGUGCUAGUCAAGUAGAAGCUUCUCAUUUGGAGUGCAUUCUUCCUCAGUUACUUUUAGAUUUUUAAAGCAUCUGAAAUACUUAUAUGGAACUUCUACUUCCCUCUAUAAUCAAUCUAGUUUAUAGCUCACCAAGAUUUGUUGGUGAAAAGCUAUAUUAGAUACAACUAAGAAAUCCAAAGAGAGCUUGUUUGGAUAUAUGGUUAAAGUGUUAAACCUUCCAGAAUCACUUCUCUUCCUGCAAAAGCUACUCCUAGUAGCUUCUCUCUUAGUCAUUUCUCCUAAUGUGGAAAUCCACCGUGUAUCGGGGUGAGAACUUUGGAGUCUCUUCACUCUCUUUUCUUUCUAUUGCUUGAGUGCUUUUUAACUUCUUGAUUAGUGAAGCUACAACAAUGGAGGAGGGAUUGAUUUUCUUGUGCUUAA